AUGCAGAAAGUUAAUAAGUGCUUUCAAAGCAAUAAAGCAAAUGCCACAGAAUUGCUAAACGAUUUAAUGUUUGCAAUUAAGUCGCUGCAAAAUUUAAUUAUUCCACCUAACAAGGAAAUUGAUGUUUUGGAAACUGACAGCUUUGAAGAACACGCAAAAUCCGAUAUGUAUCACGCAAUCCGAUAUGACUUUGAAAAGAAAAUCAAAUCCUUGAAUAUCGAUGCAGGCCUUGAAAAAGAAAUUCGUGCUCGCUGCUCUUAUUUUGUAAUUGAACUUAUCAAGCAGCUAAAGCAGAGGCUCCCCGACAAUUUUCGAAUUUUGAAAAACAUUAACGUUUUUUCCGUUGACCAAAUUCUGUCAACUAAAAAAAAAGGAAUUACAGAACUUUUAGAACACCUCCAAGUAGACAAAAUAGCAGACAUUGAGCGUCAGUACAAUGAUAUAAAUCUUAUUAAGUGGGAAAACGUCAAUGACAGCACAAAAUUUUGGAAUGAGGUCUCUCAGUACAAGGAUUCUGGUGGCAACCGCAGAUUCCUUGACUUGGCAGCUGUUGCCCUGCAAAUGUUGUCUUUGCCAUGGUCCAACGCGGAUGUUGAACGCCUAUUUAGCCAGCUUAACUUGGUAAAGUCCAAGUUAAGGAAUUCAAUGAGCCUAAGCACGAUAAACAGUAUUCUUAGCAUAAGAUAUGGUUUGCAAAGACUAGGCAAAUGCUGCUAUGACUAUAAAGUCCCUCCGAAUUAUCUGCGCAUGAUAGGUACUAACCUGUCAUACGAUUCCGAAACCGAUGCUAGUCGCGAAGAACUAGAUAACAUUCUAAAAAUCUUAUAA